AGGAGGAGGAAAGCCCUGAGGAUACACAGAAGCAGACAGUCACAACCUUCACCACUAUCAGGGAGACACACAGUGAACCAGAGCCUGCUAUGGAUCGUUAUGAAACUUAUUCCAGGACCGUGAUAGAAGAAGACCAUCGUGUCCAAACACCAGAACCUGAGACCAAGAAGGGGUUCGUUUAUGUGAAGGAGUAUGUCAAUGCAACAGAGCUGUCCUUGCAUAACGCCAGAGAUACAAGCGAUGGUGGGUCAGAUAAUUUGACAUCAAGCUCCGUGGAUUACUCUUACAGCAGCCCCUCCACUUACUCCAGUGGCUCGCUGUCAUCCACCUGUACAUACUGCGGAGAGCAGGUGGGCAAUGAUGCCAAGAUCACCAUUGAGCACCUCAACAUCAACUGUCACCCUGCCUGCUUCAAGUGCGGUGUGUGUAGUAAGCCCAUGGGAGACCUUCUCUACAGUAUGUUCCUACACGGUGGGAAAGUCCACUGCGAGAGCUGCUACUCCAAAUCUUUCGACUGAUUAACAAGGCUCUUCAGCUGUCUCUUGUCCUCACCCGCUUCCCUUCGCAUUCAUUUGCAUAUAAAGUGAGAACUGGUCUUUCACAAAGUUUGUACCGUGUUCAGUUUGAACUUUUCCGUG